AUGGGCGGCGAGGAGCGGCAUACCUCCAGCUGGGUGGUGGACAUGGAGAAGAUGCUGGCAGACGACGAUCCUUACUCCAGGAGGAUGGAGGAAAAGCGAUGGGAGGCGCAAUCCAUCUACCGGGUACCACAGUGGCUCAAGGGCACCAACACCAAAGCCUACCGGCCGCGGCUAGUGUCUUUGGGGCCCUUCCACCACGGCGACUCCAAUCUGCGGGCCAUGGAGGAGCACAAGGGACGCGCGUUAGUGCACCUGAUUAAGCGGAGCCAGAAGCCGCUCCAGGAUUUCAUCUCUGCCAUCGGCGACGUGGCAGAGGAGCUCGAGGCAGCAUACGGCAAGGAUCUCCAUAUGAAGUGGCGGAACAACAGACGGAGCUUUGUCGACCUGAUGCUCACGGACGGCUGCUUCCUUCUGGAGAUUAUUAGUGCACCUUUCCAGGAUUACAAGCUGCAUGAUCCCGUCUUCAGCAGGAGUGGCAGAGAACAAAUAGACCCCAUUCUCCGGUCUGACAUGCUACUGAUUGAGAACCAGCUGCCUCUGCUUGUUCUCAAGAAGAUCCUGGGUGUUGUGCGUCCUAAUAACAGUCCGGUAUGGUCCAGAGCAAGAUUUUCGGAAUGGUGUGGUGCUGGAAUGUCUACGUCGGGCGCUGCAUGA